AUGCCCGAUUGGAGCAAGAAAACAUGGAGCGUCGAAGUCCCUGUUGACCACAUCGACCCGCCAGUCCCAGGUAGAGGCUACGAAAAGUGCAGCCCUCGGCAAGAAAUUCUACCUGCAGGCUGGAAUGGCUUCAAGUCAAAGGCACUCACAUCAGACAUCCUCGUCGACCAUGAUGUUUCCUGGCAGGUCCGUGACGGCGCAACACUCUAUGCCGACGUUUAUCGGCCACCGCAUACAGAUGAGAAGGUUCCGGCGCUAAUCUGCUGGUCACCGUUUGCGAAGAAGUUCAAUGGGAUUACCUCGUUGCAGGUCAUGACUUAUGCUAACCUUGGCAUUCCGGAUGGGACUCUUAGUGGACUGGAGAAGUUCGAGGGGCCGGAUCCCGCUGAUUGGUGCCCGAGAGGGUAUGCAAUCAUCAAUGUGGAUGUGCGAGGGACCGGUGACUCGGAAGGUAUCAUGGCUGUGCUUGGGUCGCAAGAAGGUGAAGACGGGUAUGACACUGUCGAGUUCUUCGCCAAGCAACCCUGGUGCAAUGGUAAGAUUGGACUUGCUGGCAACUCACAUCUUGCUAUUGCACAGUGGUUCAUAGCAUCUCAGCGUCCACCAUCACUCACGGCAAUUGCGCCUUGGGAGGGUUGUGGCGAUCUGUAUCGAGAACAGUUCGCUCGCGGUGGUAUCUGGGCUGGAGAUAUGUACGAGAAAAUCAUCAAAAAGUAUAUGCUGAGGGGCCACCAUGGCACGGAGGGGAUGAAAGCUAUGUUCGAUAAGCACCCUCUUGCAAACGAUUGGUGGAACGACAAACGACCGGAUAUGAAGAAUAUCAACGUCCCGACGUAUAUCACCGGAACGUGGUCGAAUACUAUGCACGGUAUGGGUGCUAUUCGUGGCUGGCUCGAAGUUGACACGCCCGAUAAGUGGCUGCGAUGGCAUCCGUGGCAGGAGUGGUAUGAUCUGUGGGGCAACAAGCAAGCAGUCCCCGAGCUCAUGCAAUUCUUCGACCACUACCUCAAAGGUGCUGACAACGGCUGGGAGAAGACGCCAAAGGUCCGCAUGGGUGUGCUCAAAUUCGGCAAAUCGAAACCUCUCUAA